AUGUUGUUGUUUGAUUUCUUGUAACAUUUAGUUAACAGCGAACUUUUAAUUGAAACGGACGUGUGAAACGGGUGAAAAAUUCUCACGAUUUUCGAAUAUCGAGGAUUUCCAAAAGAAUAUUAUCUUAAAAAUUCUGUCCAUCUCACUAUUGACUAACGAAAUAUGAACGUGCAAAAGAUAAGCUACAAAAUAUAAAAAACAAAUUUUUCAAAAUACUCAAAUAUGAAAUCGCAAACCAUAUGACACGCCGUGGAAUUGUGUCUUUUGUGAAAAUCCGAUAGCUUGCCAGUGUCAGCAAAGUCAUUACCACGUAUCCUUUUGUGUUAUUGGGGCAUGCGUAUCCGCGUGUGUUUAUGUCAACAAACAUUGUAGUACUCAUGCUGUUUCAGUGAAUUGGCAGGAUUUGUGCGAAAAUAUAUGUGCUGCAAAUGGGACAAUGAGAUGAAGAGUAAUAAAAAUUAAUUGUAUAACUAAAAUUAAAUAAUUUAAAAAUUCUUGAAUAAAAAUCGGAAAUGUGUCAAAUUCCACAAGCCAAACUCAAAAAGUGAUAUGUAUAAAACUCAAACAAAAGCAAAAACAGCAAAUAAAUGUGGGUGUAAAUAAGCAGCAAAUUGUCAAAUGGUACUAUGUAAAAAUUAUAAUUAAAUAAAGAAAAAAUAGAGAAAACAUAACCUAAAAAAGCAAAUAUAAAAACAAAAAGUAUUUAAUAGCAUACUUUGUGGCGCGCAAAUAAUUAACAAAACAAUAUACUCUACUAUGGUGUCAGUGUAAAAAUAUACAAUAGAACAGGGUGUCCAAAAACAACAAACACUAAAAAACAAAAAACUCUGCAUAUCUGCAGGCGCACAAGCAUCCAGACGUGAAAUCACUGUCAUAACAGUGUCGACUUUUAAGCGAAAAUCAACCAAAACAAAAAAUUGAAUUAAAAAAGCGCAAUCCACGUUAGGCUUUUUGAUCUUUUUUGCCUUUACAAUUUUUUUGCCAAAAAAAAAAAAUUAAUUCCACUUAAGGCCGAUACCAAAAACCACAUCAGUACAUAAGCGCCAACAGAGAGUGAAAUAAAUAUAUUAAAAAUAAACAACAUCAAAGGAGAGUUAUCAUUAAAAUAAAAAAUUUACACAAUUCGUUCAGCCAACGACAUCAACACGCGUUCUAGUACUUGUAAUUGUUGCACAUUCCUCUUGUUCGCCGCUCUACAGACAAACAUAUUCAUAUACACACGCACAGAUAAAGUCCCGCCAUGGGAUUAAUAGGCUGUUGCCUCUGGUGGCUGCUGCUCAUUAAUGGACUGCUGCAGUAUUUGCCUCUGCAAAGGGCCACGUUUGUGGGAGCAUCGCUGAUUGUGUCAACGAUACGGGCUAAUGAUUCCACGUGCGGCGUUGAGCAAUUCCGAUGCAACAAUGGCUUCUGCAUACCCAAGAGAUGGCGCUGCGAUCAGGAGAGUGAUUGCGCAGAUGGCUCCGACGAAGCAGUGUCGCUAUGCAUGAAUUUCUGCACACCAACCGAGGUGAAAUGCAAGAAUGCCGAACAAUGUAUACCACGCUCUUGGGUAUGCGAUGGCAGCCCCGAUUGCCGUGACAAAUCCGAUGAAGCUGAUUGCACAAAGAAAACCUGUUCUCCCGAUGAGUAUUCUUGUAAAUCCGGCGGGGGUGAAUGCAUUCCAUUAGCAUGGAUGUGCGAUCAAAACAGAGAUUGCUCAGAUGGUUCCGAUGAGGCUUCAUGCAAUGAGACCUGCCGCUCCGACGAGUUCACCUGCGGCAAUGGACGAUGCAUACAAAAGCGUUGGGUAUGUGAUCACGACGACGAUUGCGGUGAUGGCAGCGACGAGCAGGGCUGUCCGCCGAAAGCAUGUGACCCAACCACCGAAUUCACGUGUAAAGAUGGCGGUUGUGUCACCAAACGUUGGGUUUGCGAUGGUGAACCAGAUUGCCUAGAUGGCUCCGACGAGGAGCAGUCCUGUGACAAGAAUACCACACACUUUGUCUCCCCGUGUCUCGGGCAUGAGUUUCAGUGUCGCGAUCGCAUCACGUGUCUGCAUCACAGCUGGCUGUGUGACGGCGAAAAGGAUUGUCCCGACGGUGAUGACGAAUUGCAGGCGAAUUGCCGUAAUACCACAUGCCGACCGGAUCAGUUUCAGUGUGGUGAUCGCUCGUGUAUAGCGGGACAUUUGACGUGUAAUUCCGUGGCCGAUUGUGCGGAUGGUAGUGAUGAGGUGAAAUGCAGCAUUGCCAAGACCACCAAAUGCAAUUCAACAACACAUUUCGACUGCGGCGGCGGUCAGUGUAUACCGUUAUCGAAGGUUUGCGAUCGUAAAAAGGAUUGUCCGGACGGCGAGGAUGAGCCAGCGGGCAAAUGUUCAGUGAAUGAGUGCGCAGUGAAUAAUGGCGGUUGCAUGCACAAAUGUGUGGAUCAGCCGAUUGACUACCGCUGCGAAUGCAAUUCAGGCUACAAACUGACCGAUAAUAAAACCUGCAUAGACAUUAACGAAUGUGAUGAUCCGGCGGCCUGCUCGCAAAUCUGCAUCAAUGAGGUUGGCGGCUAUAAGUGUGAAUGCGAGGCGGGCUAUAUGCGUGAUCCACGUAAUCAUACUCGCUGCAAGGCGACCGAAGGACAUGCAUCCUUGCUAUUGGCACGUCGGCAUGAUAUUAGGAAAAUCGCUUUGGAUCACAUGGAAAUGACAUCGAUUGUGAAUAAUACAAAAUCGGCAACUGCAUUGGAUUUUGUCUUCCGGACAGGCAUGAUAUUUUGGAGUGAUGUAUCCACACAAAGUAUUUACAAGGCACCCAUUGACGAGGGCAACGACAAAAGCGUCGUGCUCAAGGAACACUCAGUGACGUCGGAUGGUUUGGCGGUUGAUUGGAUUUACAAUCACAUCUACUUUACGGACACACACAAAUGUACCAUUGAGUUAACCAACUUCGAUGGCAACAUGGGUAAAGUGCUCAUCGAGGAUGGACUGGAUAUACCGCGCUCGAUAGCAUUGGAUCCGAUUGAAGGCUGGAUGUAUUGGUCCGACUGGGGCGCCUCACCACGCAUCGAACGCGCCGGCAUGGAUGGCUCUCAUCGCACCACCAUCAUCAACUAUGACGUGAAAUGGCCCAAUGGCAUUACAUUGGAUCUGGUGCGUAAGCGCAUCUAUUGGGUUGAUGGCAAACUGAAUGUCAUCUCGUCAGCAAAUUAUGAUGGUUCACAGCGUCGUCAAGUUUUGUACUCAACGGAAUAUCUGCGUCAUCCCUUCUCGAUAACAACCUUCGAAGACAGCAUCUACUGGACCGAUUGGGACAAACAGACCGUCUUCAAGGCGAACAAGUUCAACGGCAAAGGAGUGGAGGCGAUAACAGCGCUGCAUCAGUUGCAACAUCCAAUGGUCGUACACGUCUAUCAUCCCUACCGCCAACCGGACGGCAUCAAUCACUGUCAAGCGGUGAAUGGUCAUUGCUCGCAUUUAUGCCUGCCGGCGCCGCGCAUCAAUGAACGCAGCCCGCGCAUCUCCUGCGCCUGUCCCACCGGUCUCAAGCUGAUGGACGAUCGACUAAUGUGUGUCGAAGAUUCAAAUACAAAGUCAGCGUCGCAAGGGCGUCGCAAAAAUUUGCCAAAGAUGUCUAAAUUUAGCACCUCCCGCGUUUCUACAAACAACAACAGCAGCAACACUGCUAAGCAACAAGCAGCAGAGAGCGCCCCGACUGACAAAGAGGUGGAUAAACAUCCAGCUGGUAAUGCGACAAGCGCCGAAGGCACCAUCAUCUCACCGCAAACUGAUUCGAGUUACCUAGCAUUAGCGAUAAUCGGCUCACUAGUCGGCUUUGGGCUGGUGACAGGUGUGAUACUUUGGGUCGUUUAUCGUCAUUGCAGCAGGCGUCCCACCUCAAUGAACUUUGAAAAUCCGGUGUACCGUAAAACCACGGAGGAUCACUUCAGUUUGGAAAAGAACAAUCUGCCAACAACGCGCAUGUACCCCAGCACGGUGGAUGAAGAGUCCAAAGAGCCGCUGAACAAUGCUUACGACAGCACUGCGUGUGUGUGAAACGCUUCGUCCCCAAGAGAAAACCGUCAUUAAGCUCAUAAACCAUUUUUUUGUUUUAUUGUUGUUUUCAUUAUUUUGAUUGAACACAUGAAAGUCAUGCCUAGCAAAGAAGACCCACAUAUCCCUCGCCCAAAACACAAGCCAAACAAAAAUCAGACAACGAUCCAAACAAAGAUGCUAAACGCUCAAUUACUCAGAGAGAAAACACGCAAUUACCAUGUCGUUAUGUUCGGGUGCCAAGAAGUGUAAAUAGUGAAGCAGAAAAGAGAAGAAUAUAAAAAAAUGAAAUAAAUUGAAAUAAAUUAAAAUAAAAUAAAAAGUGAAAAUAACAUAAUACAACAUUAAAUUAAAUAAAAAAAAAAUUAAAUAGAAAAAAAAUUUUAAAUAAAUUAAAUAAUAUGAAAUGAAGUAAAAUAAAAUAAAAUCAAAUAAACUAAACGAAAAUAAAAAAUAAACCAACAAACAGAAAAAGAGUUAGAUAAAAAA